AUGACUUACAACUGGGUGGAAAGUUUAUACACUGCAACAAUCUAUCUAUCUAUCUAUCUAUCUAUCUAUCUAUCUAUCUAUCUAUCUCAGUUGAAGCGUCUCGCUCUUUCUUUCAGUCUUUUAAUUUAUCUAUUAAUAUCUAUCUCAGUUUAUGCGUUUAUAUCUAUCUAUCUAUCUAUGUUCAUUAUCUAUCUCAUCUAUUCUUUUCUAUCUAUCUUGGUACGUAUAUUCGUUUCUAUCUAUCUAUCUAUCUAUUUAUCUCAUCUAUUCGUUUCUAUCUAUCAUGGUACGUGUAUUCCUGUCUAUCUAUCUAUCUAUCUAUCUAUCUAUCUAUCUAUCUAUCUAUCUAUCUAUCUCAGUUGCACGUAUAUUCUUUCUUUCAUCUAUUUAAUUUAUCUAUUCUAUCUAUCUCAGUUUGAAUCUAUCUAUCUAUCUAUCUAUCUAUCUAUCUAUCUUUUAAUUUAUCUAUCAUUACGUAUAUUAUCUAUCUCAGUAUUAUCUAUUAUAUAUCUAUCUAUCAUAUCUAUGUUCAUUAUCUAUCUCAUCUAUUAUCUAUCUAUCUAUCUUGGUACGUAUAUUCGUUUCUAUCUAUCUAUCUAUCUAUCUAUUUAUCUCAUCUAUUCGUAUAUUCCUAUAUCUAUCAUGGUAUCUAUCUAUCUAUCUAUCAUGGUACGUAUAUAUCUAUCUAUCUAUCUAUCUAUCUAUCUAUCUAUCUAUCAUGGUACGUAUAUUCCUAUCUAUCUAUCUAUCUAUCUAUCUAUCUAUCUAUCUAUCUCAGUUGAAGCGACUCGCUCUUUCUUUCAGUCUUUUAAUUUAUCUAUUAAUAUCUAUCUCAGUUUCUAUCUAUCUAUCUAUCUAUCUAUCUAUCUAUGUCCAAUAGCUAUCUAUGUCAUCUAUACGCGUCUCACUCUUGCUUUCAAUCUUUUAAUCUAUCAAUAUCUAUCUCGGUUUAUGCAUUUUUAUCUAUCUAUCUAUCUAUCUAUCUAUCUAUCUAUCUAUCUAUCUAUCUAUCUAUCUAUCUCUGUCUGUCUGUUAAUAUCUGUCCAUCUAUCGCAGUUUAUGCGUUUCUAUCUAUCUAUCUAUCUAUCUAUCUGUCUGUUAAUAUCUGUCCAUCUAUCGCAGUUUAUGCAUAUCUAUCUAUCUAUCUAUCUAUCUAUCUAUCUAUGUUACUGCACUCAUUGGUUCGUUCACUGGUCUAUCUAUCUAUCUAUCUAUCUAUCUAUCUAUCUAUCUAUCUAUCUGUUAAUAUCUGCCUAUCUGAGUUUAUAUCUAUCUAUCUAUCUAUCUAUCUAUCUAUCUGUUGUGUUUCAACACUAUCUAUCUAUCUAUCUGUUAAUAUCUGCCUAUCCGAGUUUAUGUGUUUAUAUCUAUCUAUCUAUCUAUCUAUCUAUCUAUCUAUCUAUCUAUCAACGUAGUGACAUCCUACUCUAUUAUUUUGCGAUCAUCACCGCCAGCAGCCAUCAGCGACCAACUGACUCCCGCCGACCACGUCUUUUGCCAAUACACUCUGCGAUUCAGUCUAUUCGUUGCUAUCUAAGUUUAUGCCUUUUGUUCUAUCUAUCUAUCUAUCUAUCUAUCUAUCUAUCUAUCUAUCUAUCUAUCUAUGUUAAUAUCUAUCUGUCAGUUUUUUUAACUUUGUUCACAUCUAUUUUAUUCUUCAUAUAUCUAUCUAUCUAUCUAUCUAUCUAUCUAUCUAUCUAUCAGUCUUUCUUUGUUAAUAUCUAUCUGUCUAUCUAUCUAUCUAUCAGUCUUUCUUUGUUAAUAUCUAUCUGUCUAUCUAUCUAUCUAUCAGUUUUUUUAACUUUGUUCACAUCUAUUUUAUUCUUCAUAUCUAUCUAUCUAUCUAUCUAUCUCAGUCAAUACCGUUAUUUUCAUUUCUGCGUAAUUCAUACGACAAUUUAUACAACUCACCCUAUCUAUCUAUCUAUCUAUCUAUCUAUCUAUCUAUCUAUCUAUCUAUCUAUCUAUCUGUUAAUAUGUAUGUUCCACUAUAACACUAUCUAUCUAUCUAUCUAUCUAUCUAUCUAUCUAUCUAUGUCAAUCCUUUCAUUGAAUACUGCUGCCAUAUCUGGUCUGUCUUCUCUUUUUUUUCUUUUUUCUUGUUUGGGUGGGGUUAAAGGAUUAAAAAAAUCUAUCUAUCUAUCUAUCUAUCUAUCUAUCUAUCUAUCUAUCUAUCUAUCUAUCUAUUUCAGAAUGUCCAUUAUCUAUCUAUCUAUCUAUCUAUCUAUCUAUCUCAUAUAUUCGUUUCUACCUAUCAUAAUACGUAUAUUCCUUUCUAUCUAUCUAUCUAUCUAUCUAUCUAUCUAUCUAUCUCAUUUGAAGCUUUAUGCGUCUAUAUCUAUCUAUCUAUCUAUCUAUCUAUCUAUCUAUCUAUUCGUUUCUAUCUAUCAUAGUACGUAUAUUCCUAUCUAUCUAUCUAUCUAUCUCAUUUCUAUCUAUCGUCAUUUCGUCUCUCUUUCUUUCAGUCUUUUAAUCUAUCUAUUAAUAUCUCUCAGUUUAUGCGUUUAUAUCUAUCUAUCUAUCUAUCUAUCUAUCUAUCUAUCUAUCUAUCUAUCUAGUUAUCAGUGA